AUGGCCACAGUUCUCAAACUGUCGGAGUUCGGAAAGAACCGAGACUUUUUUGCUACGCUGUACAUCGUCAGAAUGUCCCUCCUUCGCUUCAUCCCUAUCGCUGUCGUCAUCAUAUGCAACAUCGCCAUCAGUGUCAGCCUGUACCGCUCCAAGUCUGCGCGCUCCCAGAUGACUAAUCAGAAUCGUGACGAGACGCCAGCAGAACAGCGCAUCACUCAGACAUUGUUUGGUCUGGCUCUUCUGUUCUUCUUCUGCAUGACACCUGGUGCACUUUUUCUCCUCCUACAAAUCUUUGACUACGAAUACAACUUCCCUAAAACUCGGAAUAAUGUUUACAACCUGGUCGGAAUAAUGUCAACUUGGCUUGAAAUUGUCAACUCCUCCGCUAACUUCAUCAUCUACAUCGUGGCCAGUCAGCCGUUGCGUGAAGAAUUCAAGCGUGUCAUUACAUGCUGUCCAAUAAAGAAACGAACAAGCCGGAAGUACACUGGAGACACAAGCGCAAGUGACACUAAGGUAUCCACGUUGUCUAUUGCGACAGUUUCAUAAGUUCAAAUGCACCGGAGGAUGUUUUUGGUGUGACAUGCAGCGGCAAGACGCCAUGACGCCUCAA